CGGUGCGUAACCGGUGCCAAACGGCCGGACAGCAGCGCAGCCAUCAUGCAGUCCUCCCUGCUCGCCCUGGGACACAGCUUUGGGAUGCCCACCCUGGCCUCUUCUGCCUGGAAGCCUGGAGAAUCACAGCUGUCCAACUGGUCGGUGCAGGAGAGGGUCAAUGGGACGGCCCCUGGAGAGCUAGACGCUCUGGACAGUCGGCGGGCACAGUAUGGUCAGUUCUCUCAGGCCGCCUCUGUGUUCCUGGCUGUGCUAAUGACCCUACUGGUGUUUGCCACCGUGCUGGGCAAUGCACUGGUCAUCCUGGCUUUUGUUGUGGAGAAGAGUUUGCGCACGCAGGGCAACUUUUUCUUCCUAAAUCUGGCCAUAGCGGACUUUCUGGUUGGUGGGUUCUGCAUCCCUGUGUACAUCCCCUAUGUGCUGACCGGUGAAUGGAGGCUGGGCAGGGGGCUCUGUAAGCUCUGGCUGGUGGUGGACUACAUGCUCUGCACUGCCUCGGUCUUCAACAUCGUGCUGAUCAGCUUUGACCGUUUCCUGUCCGUCACCAGAGCGGUGAGUUACCGCAGCCAGAAGGGCGUAACCCGUGAGGCUGUUAUGAAGAUGCUCUGCGUCUGGCUGGCCGCCUUCUUGCUCUACGGUCCGGCCAUCAUCAGCUGGGAGCACAUUGCGGGGAGGAGCGUGGUGCCCCGCGGGGAGUGCUACGCCGAGUUCUACUUCAACUGGUACUUCCUGAUCACGGCCUCUACGGUCGAGUUCUUCACGCCUUUCAUCAGCGUCACCUACUUCAACCUCAGCAUCUACAUCAACAUCCGCAACCGCUGCGCUCUCAGGGAGGAUCAGACGACCUGCCUGCGGCUCAGGAGCUGCGAGGCCAAGCCGUUCGUGGGUGCUGACCUGCAGCGGGUGUUCUUCGUCCGGCCGGCCGAGGCUAGCAGCAUCGCAGAGGUACCCUUGAGGUCUCGCUGCUGUCGGCUUUCAAACGCCAGAGUCUCGGCCACUGAGUCCGAAAACCCAAGCCGGAAGCGAAGGGUCAGCACAAUCCCUGACUUUCCGCCUCUCCAGGUUGGUGACAUGGUGCAGUCAAAUGAGAAGCGCUGUCACUGCAUGGAUCACUGGCGAAAGCGUCCAGAUGCAUCGUCCAGCCUGGCCAGUCGCUUCCGCCUUUCCAGGGACAAAAAGGUGGCCAAGUCUCUGGCCGUCAUAGUGUGCGUGUUUGGCCUGUGCUGGGCCCCCUACACGCUCCUCAUGAUCAUCCGUGCCGCGUGCCAAGGCCAGUGCGUGCAGCACUACCUGUACGAGAUAUCGUUCUGGCUCCUGUGGAUUAACUCCUCCAUCAAUCCUGUCCUCUAUCCGCUCUGCCACACCAGCUUCAGACGAGCUUUCAGCAAGUUGUUGUGUCCGAGCAAAAUAAAAAUCCAGCCCCAAUACAUGGACCAAAAGUACUAAGACUUGGACUGAACUUGUUAAUCUGAUCUGUGCAGAGGGUAUUUGUGUCAGGAUGUUUAGCAGUCUCAAGGUGCCAGACGUGAUCUCGUAACAAAAAAAUCAUCUGGAAACAACUUGUUAGGCUUUUGGUGCCAAAAUCUGCCACAAACAAGGGUACGUACCCUCCAAAACUUGCCCCAGAUUCCUAUAGUCUGUGCUCUUUUAACGUUUGAAAUACAAUCAAUAGCACAAGUGAAACAAACUUGCUAGCAAAACACUCCUGCAGUCUAACGAAGCUGUUUUACUCUGGCAAGUAUUUUUACUAUAUAUAUAUAUGUGGGAACUUUGCAGCCAUGCUAACUUAUGGUACAUCCAAGGGCUAACGACAGGCUUGUUGCCCAUCGGACAACGAUGAUGAGCGCAACAUCGCCCCCUACUUUCGGCUACAUUUUCACCAACACCCAAAAUUUCUCGUCUCCAGACGUUCUCUUUACGAGAUAACAUCUGGACUAGAUGUUUAGUAAUCUAUCAGUAUUUGUGCAAAAGCUUUAGUGAGAAAGUUAUUUGUCUGUACCAUUGUUCCUUCCUUCUUUUGUCCCUGCAUCCUUCUGUCUUGAUUGAUGUUUGCACAGUUUCAAA